UCAAGGAUAAAAAUUCAUUUCCUGAUUAUCUUAAUUUAUAUUUGAAAAUGUAUGUGAUAACCUAUCCUUUAUGUAUCUUGGCCAUCGAAUUUUUCAUCGUAAUCUUGGGAGAACCACCAAAACUUCAGCCGUUUACAUUUCCGGAAACAGUGACUUUCGGCGAUAGGGUGAAUGUUAUAUGUGGUAUAAAAUCUGGAAUGAAACCAUUAAAUUAUAAAUGGUUAAAAAACGGAAAGAUGUUAUUGAGCACUGAUAAUUUGACUAUAGAUAUGCAAACAGAUUAUUCUGUUCUAACGAUAGUGCCAUCAUCUAGAAAUGAUGCUGGAAAUUAUACAUGUCUCGUUGAAAAUAAAUUUGGUAAAGAUUCUUUUACAGCUCAGCUCUUUCUAAAAGCUCCUCCUGUAUGGAUAAAAUAUCCUAAAGAUUUGAAAAUAGUUCAAGGAAGUUGUAUAGAAGUAGAAUGCAGAGCUGAAGGUCUUCCACAACCUGAAAUAAUUUGGAAAUUAAGAACAGGUAUGAAAAUUCAUGAAAGAAUUUUAAAUUAAUGAAUCGAAAUUAUUGUU